UAAAAUUCUUUUUAGUAAAUCUCGUAUUCUAGCCAAAGAAAAAAAUUAUAAAUACACUUGGGUGAAAAAUAGCUGUAUUUUGUUGCGUAAAACAGAUGAUUCCAAGGUCAUUCAUGUGCGAUGUGCUGAUGAUUUGAAUAAAAUCAUAUGACUAGCUCUUAACUAUACACUUAUAAAAAACUUUUUUAUAAAGCAUGUAAAAUUGUCGUCGUUUAAACACGUUUAUUCCUUAUUUCAUUAUAUUAUUAACUAUUCAUUGUCUUAUUUUAAUUUUGUAUUUGAUGCGGAGAGGAACACGAACACUAUUUACUCUACAGUAGUUAUAUUUUUUAAAAGAAUAAUUAUAUUUUAUUUCUAUCUUACCUAUACUUAUUUACAAUGAAUUCUAAAACUUUUAAUAUAUUUUAUCAGAACUGUGGAGGCAUAAAAACUAAACUAACUGAACUAAAAUUAAAUAUUCUUUCAAGUAAUUACGAUUUAAUAAUAUUGGUAGAAACCUGGUUGACAUCAUCUAUUCUGGACGCGGAGCUUCUAACAGAUGGGUAUGUUAUUUUUCGCCGCGAUAGAAAUCUCACAAUUUCAGGUAAGAAAGGGGGAGGGGGAGUCUUAGUAUUUGUCAAAAAAGAAUUAAAGGCUGUGAGAACUUCUGAACUCGAAACACUUGAAAUAGAAGAAGUAUUUUUACACUUUCCGUCUAAUUCGGGGCUGUUAUUAAACGUAUGUUAUAUUCCACCGGCUUCAAGUAACAUCUCAUAUGAUGCAUAUUUUCGAAAACUCUGUGACGUAUAUUCUAGUUCACGUUUUAGUAAUUUUCUAAUCAUCGGUGAUUUCAACCUGCCAUAUAUAAACCUAAAGCAAACAAAUAGUAUUUAUAACGAAAAUGCGAAACUGCUUGAUUUAGUACUAUCUAAUAUACCCAAUUGUGUUCAAUCUUCUGCUGAUCCCUUAUUGAAUAUUGUCCCUCAUCACCCGGCCUUAGACAUAGUAUGCUCGAUAUCUAUUUCUAACGUGAUGCCUGUGAAUUCAUUAGCUAAAAGGAACUUUUUUAAAGGUAAUUAUGACCAAAUUAACUAUGAAAUAAAUAAUAUAGACUGGUUCUCUCUACUGACACCUCUUCCAUCGGACAAAGCAAUUGAUAUUUUCUACGCAAAUAUUUAUAACAUUAUUAACUCACACAUUCCUCUGGUUAAAGUAAAGUCCACAAAAUACCCAGUCUGGUUUUCUAAAUGUCUAAUUCAAGCCUUAAGGCGUAAGCAUAAAGUAUGGACGCGAUGGAAGACUUACGGUUCUCUAAGAGAUUAUCAAGAGUUUUCCCUGUUACGAACGCGAGUGAAACAGCUUCUUACAACAUGCUACAAUAAUUACACGGCUAACAUUGAAAAGUCUCUUAAAGAAAAUAUUAAGUACUUCUGGAAAUACACGUCUUCUCAAAAAAAUUCUAACUCGGGGUACUUACGUGUCAUGAAGCUGGUGAAUUCUAAAUCUGACGAUCCUAAUGUUAUAGUUGAGAUGUUUUCAAAAUAUUUUAAACGACCUAAAGUUGUACUCUGA